AUGGUCACAGGAGGCAAAGGCGAGAUGUCUUCCUCAUCGAUUCCUGUCGAAGACGAGUGGCUGACAUUUGCAGAUUCAAAGUCCACUUGUAAACUCAUCGACACUACCGUCGAUGGAUUGAACGAAGUCGACUCUCUUGAAUUCUGCCUCUUCCGCCCUAAUAAGGAUGGCCAUCCAGAGUUCAAAUGCGGUGAUGUGGUCGCACUCCGGAGUGUAAAGAACGUGAAUCAGCAUCGCAUCCCCACUGUCGAGGAGUUCCAGACAAUGGUCGCACAGUCGGCGACCUUCGUGGACAAGUUUCGUGUGCUGCAAAACGUCGAGCCUGGUAGAUUCUACGAUCUCAUCGUCAAGGUAGCGCGCAAACCAUACGACCAGGGGGACAAGGUCACGCUGUGGGUGACGGAUUACACGGAGAACCCUGCAUUCUACCGAUUCCCGGAGCGAUCGAGCAACGGCCUCGCCGACCCCCAGGGAAACCCUGACGGGGACCCCUAUGGGUACUGCUCCAAAUUCAUCAACAGAGACAACAUUGCGACCGCGCCAGACGCUAUACCAGGUCAGCGCAGCCUCCAAGUCACCUGUUUUGAGCCACAUGCAUCUGCGAUUCGCGAAGAAAACAUCGAUAGAAACGCCUGGGUAUCCAUGAAGAAUGUGCAGAUCAAGUACGGCAACAACCAGGCGAAUCUAGAGGGGUUUCUCCGCGAAGAUCGCGCUCGUGGGUCCAAAAUCGGCAUUUCGCAAAUUGACCUCGACGAGCUUCGACGAAAAGAGCUGAAUCCAAAUACUGACCAACGGCUGAGAGACGCCCUGAGGCGGAACCGCGACUACGAGAAACAGAGAAAGGGCUCCGACGACUUGAUCGCGCAGGCAGCGCAAGCAGGCCAGAAACGCAAGGCCGCGCCAGCUACUGGGAAUGGUCCCACUACAGAAAACGCAAAAGCCCGGCGUCGGAAAAGACGAAUGAAGAAGCAAGAAGCAGAGGUCGCUGCACAGGCUCCCGCAAACGGCGGCAAUGGGCGCGGAGUCCAACCCAUUCAUCAGGACGAGAGCAGGACGCUGGAGGUCAAGGAGGAGGAGCCUUCGCUGCCAACUUUCGAUUUGAACACAUUAGGUAGGCUGCCCGUCGCUGAUUGCCACUACGCGCUUGCCAACAAGAAAACAGUAAAAUGCGAGCACUCCUCGGAGCCACCAAGCACGGUAGCCAGUAUCCUUAAAAAACACAUCAUCCGGACGGACGUCGGCGACCAAAUGGUAGACCUCACCCUGCCAUUUGUCUGCCGGAAUCACCGCCUCGACGUCCGCGUCGUAGACUACUACCCGCACGACAUGCGCAAGUUUGCUCGGCCGAAGAAAUUGGCCCAGUUUGACAUGCUUUCAGACAAUGAGGAGUCGGACGAGGAAGGCUCCGACACGGACAUGGAAUUUGGGGCCCAUGCCGCGCCCUAUGAGUGGGAAUGGCGAUUCUCGCUCUUGCUGGAAGACGCGAGCAUGACAGCUGCCGGAGACUCUCGGGAGCAGGUCUGGGUGUUCGUGGACAACAAGGCCGUACAGUGCCUCAUCAACCUCGAUGCCUCCAACCUGUAUCGCGAGGCAGAUGACCUGAAAGCCCUGCAGGAAGCCAUGGCCGUGCUAUGGGGCAACCUCCCCCAAACCAAAGAGCCAGCCCUCGCGGCUCAACGAGAACGGCCGCGGACGCUGGCUGACGCGCCACCCCCUGACAGUUCGGACGCUGAUAACCAAGCCGAGAAAGCUGCUGUUCAACUCGACAACAAGCCAUUCAACUGCUGUGUCAAGCAGUACGGUGUCAAGGUUCGCGACGACGACCCCGACAAAUGCAAUGCAGGCGAUGACUUCCGUUGGGAGCGCAUGUUUGGCCUGUACGGUACACGACUGACGCUUCCGAUCUGA